AUGACACUGUGGAAUGGCUCCUACCCCUUCUAUCCUGGUGCCAAUGCCUGCUUCCCCUUUGACACCACCCGGACUGUCAUCAUCACUGUCUUCCUCUCCAUACUGGUCACCUUCAUCAUCAUCCUGCCAGGGAUCCGGGGCAAGGGGCGACUCUUCUGGUUCCUGCGGUUUGUGAUGGGACUCUUCGUGGGAGCAGUGGUCCUCACCAUACAGUUCACCAGGGACUGGGAGACUGGCUGGGUGCAGGCAAACACCUCCUACAAGUCCUUCAGCCAUGCCUUGGUGAACGCAAACAUUGGGCUCCACAUUGGCCUGUCAGGGCUGAACGUCACGCUGGUGGGAAACCCAGAGAACCAAAUCAACGAGACCAUCAACUACAACGAGCAUUUUCCCUGGAGCUUUGAUGCAAACUAUGACCACAGCUACACCGAGGGGCUGGAGAAGGGGCUGCCCAGCCCCAUCCUCUAUGUGGUGGAGAAGUUCACCACACAGAGCCCCUGUGCUGUGCACAGGCAGUACCGCAUCUCCGGCCACUACGCGUCCCUCACUCUCUGGCUGGCCUUUUGCACAUGGCUCAUCUCCAUCCUGCUCUUCUCCAUGUCUGCCCUGCUCUACGGUGGCCACAUGCUGCUGCUCACUGCCACACUGAUCCUCUUCUCCCUGCUCUUCUUCUUCACUGCGAGGAACACCCCAAAGUGCCCCAUCCAGUUUGGCUCAGUUUCCUUGAAAACAGACUAUGGUGAAUCCUUUUGGCUGACAUUAGCCACAGGGCUGCUGUGCCUGCUGCUGGGGCUGGGAAUCAUCAUCCUGAACUCCACACGGCCAGAGAAACUCAAGCUCAUUUUUAACCUGGACAAGAGAAAGGAAAAAGAGGAGGUGUGGAGCAAGUCCUACCUGCCAGCUGAGCCCAGCUACCCUGCACAGGACUUGCUGAUGAGCUCCCUGGGAGAGCUCUGUGAGGUGACAGCCACCCAGCUGUGA